AUGUACCGGACGACGGCAAGCGACGGCGGGCCAGCGGACCUCACUCAGGCGCAGCUCUGUUUCAGUCGUCUUCUCCCCAAAUCAAAAAAGGAAGUUGAAACAGAAACCCUAGCUUCUCCACCACCGCCGCAAGGACUGCCGCCGUCCGUCGCUCUCAGGCACUACCAUCGCUGUCUGGUCGUCCGUGCUUCUUCCUCCUUCAAGAAACGCAACUUCUUCUUCCUCGACCUCGGCGCGUCAGUUCCUGGUAUUCAUCUACUCCAUCGCGCUCCUGCCGCCGUCCGUCGGGCGCUCAGUCACCAUCGCCUUCGUCUGGUCGUCGCAGAUUCUUCCAACCCACCACCGUCUUCUGAGUUGUGUUCGUCGCCUGGCCUCUGUCUCCGUCACGAUUCUGCCCCCUCUUCUCAGACUGCUCAGAAGAAAAACCCAUCUCCAUUCCAGUUUCCUUCCUUCGAGUUCAGAGAGCAGAAGCUCAACCAAGAAAAAAUCUUAGACUUCGACGAUUCUGAAGAGAAGCCAACAUAUGUUAGGUUUCUUGUAUCAAACUCUGCAGCUGGUUCUGUUAUUGGAAAGGGUGGUUCAACCAUCACUGAUUUUCAGUCACAAUCUGGGGCACGAAUCCAGUUAUCACACAACCAUGAAUUCUUUCCUGGGACUACUGAUAGGAUUAUCAUGGUAUCUGGUGGAAUAAAUGAAAUCCUAAGAGCUGUUGAACUUAUUCUGUCUAAGUUGCUCAGUGAGCUUCAAAGUGAGGAUGAAAAUGAUGCUGAGCCAAAAACAAAAGUGAGACUCAUCGUUCCAAAUGUUUCUUGUGGUGGUAUAAUUGGCAAGGGAGGUGCUACCAUUAGGUCAUUCAUUGAAGAAUCUCAGGCUGGAAUUAAGAUAUCUUCUGAGGAUAAUAAUUAUUACGGACUGAAUGAUAGGCUAGUGACACUGACAGGAACUCUUGAUGAUAACAAAUGCUUCAAUACGUGAUGUACAGUUAGAUUCUGCUCAUGUUCAGUUUUCUAAUUCUAGUGAUGCUCAGACUUUACUUGAAAAGGGAGAAGAAAAUGCUAAUUCUAAUAUCCUUCCUACAAGUGUUGAUAGAACUGAAGUAUCGCCAUCACAAGGUGAGUAUGAAGAUCUUGAAAGGGUGCUAUCUCGAGAUCUUUCAGGCCUAGAUUUGUCUGACCAAAACAAUGAAGUUACUGAUGAAAAUAGUUUUACUUUUAACCCAAGCCAAUUGACUGGGAAAAACUAUGCCCCUUGCUCGACUUAUGUUCAUGGUUUUUGAUUGUAUUGGCUGAUAUUGAUCUAUACAAAGUUAUUCUUUUUCUUUCACUUUUCAGUUCUUGACUAGAUAAUUAAUAAAAAAAAUGACA